AUGCCUUCAGAGGAAAGGAAUUGGAAAUGCGGACUGGAAAGAGAAAGAAGUCCGCGAUAAUGUGGAGAAUUUGGACUAGGUAUAAAAUUUGCGAUUCUAUAGUAUGAUUUAAUGUGUGCCACUUUUAUUACAGGAUGUUAAAUGUCUGUUUAUUUUGUAUUCGCAUGCAGUUGGAUGUUAAAUGUCUAUUUAUUUUUUAUUUGCAUGCACCUAGUAAAUUAACCUUCUUUCGGUUCACGCAGGAAAACAUGCUGGUGAGCAAAAGUUUUAUUCUCCAAAAAAGAAAGGAGUUAAGGUGAAGGGAUGUGUGCUGAUCAGGAGGACACUUUUCAACAAAGAAGUUCUUGACAUUCUGGAUAAAGGUAUUAUACAAAAACUUAAGUUAGCUCUUUUAGCCCCCCCCCCCCAACCUCACCCACAUGGGAGGAAAUCGGAUAUAGUUAAAAGAGAAUUAAGAAGUGUAUAAUUCACAGUAUGCCACAUCUAUAAGCUCAUCUAAUUACAUGUCGUAUAUAUUUCCAUCUAGCUACAAAUGCAGAAAGUCGAAUUAAUGAAAUUGACGAGGCAAAUGAAAGUACUUGUAUCCUUGUUUUCAUUUUUACACCCGAAUUUAAUAAUGUUUUCAACCCACUGUGUCAUGGAAUAAAAAGCUUUUCUUAACAAGAUAAACAGGUACAAUGUCGACAGACUGUUUAAAUAAAAUCAGCACCGCUUCAGUUGGUGUUCAAGUAGAUGUUCUCAUUGAAAAUAAGUUGGUACACAGUAGAACGUUGCAUGCAUGAUUAGUAUCUCUUUCAGUCAAAAAUCGUGUAUAACUGGAUAUUUUUCAAUCAAUCAUUGUCUUCAAAUAGAAAGACAAGCAGAAACCAUGACAACUGACUGCCCAAGCAAGAUCAGAACAUCCACGUCCAUUGGUAUUCAAGUGAAUACCAUUGACAUUGAGCAAUGCAGUAGUAAGUAUAUAAGUGUGCCAUGGGAUGUUUCAUAUUACAAAAUAUAUGUACCUGUCUAUAAUAAAAUAAAUAUUUAUUAAAAUAAACUAAACAUUUUAUUUAGGUAGCAAAAAUUACAGGUUAAAUACCCAGUAAUUUACAUUGUUAAGAAGUUAACAGGCCAUCUUUUUCACGUGAACAAAAUUUAAUCCAUAGAAGUUAAAGUGGGCACAAUGACAGACUGCUGAAGUGUUGAGACCUGCAAAACCAUGCCAAUUCGUACUCAAAUUGAUGCCAAGGACAGCGAUCACACCACAGGUACUAAUUAAUACGUUAAAAUUCGAAAAGUAUAUCAAUGUUCCUUUGGAAACAAAUAGAAACAUAUACGUGGUGCCAAUAUUACAAGCACAGGCCCUGCUGAUCAUCCAAUUGAUUUGUCAGUCUUACAAGAGGUGUCUAGUGAGGAACCUACUAUACAUGAAGGUAAAAACUAAAUCUGUUUCCGACAAAAGUGCCAGUUAAUGCCAUUACUCGUUAGCUCCAAUUCAAUCCAGGCACGCAUAUAGUGAUAGACAGGUGACCAGGUACCUUUAAUACAUAUUAUUUAUUCAUUUUGAUAGAUAUGAGUUCCAAACCUUCCUCUGAGAAUGUUCCCAAGGUAUCAAGUUCUGAGACUGCAGAGGAUGUUCCUAAAUAAAUAAUUUGGUUACAGAAACCGAACAAAGUAAGCAUUUAAUUUGUAAUCAUGACUUAGAAGAGUUGCCCAGUGAGGAACCUACUACGCAUGAAGGUGAAAACUAAAUGUGUUUCCAACAAAAGUCCCAAUAAAUAUCAGGCGCCUAUAUGUGAUAGACAGUGGACCAGGUGACUUUGAUACAUAUAACAUAUUAUUUAUUUAUUCAUUUUGAUAGAUAUGAGUGCCAAACCUUCCGCUGAGAAUGUUCACAAGGUAUCAAGUUCUGAGACUGUAGAGGAUGUUCCUAAUGUAUCACAUUUAAAUAAUUUGGUUACAGAAACUGAACAAAGUAAGCAUAGCCAUAUAAGCACAAUGCUUUAAUUUGUAAUCAUGACUUACAAGAUUUGCCUAGUGAGAAACCAACUAGCAUGAAGGUAAAACCUAAAUCUGUUUCCGGCAAAAGUGCCAAUAAAAUUCAGGCGGCUAUAUGUGUUAGACAGUUGACCAGGUAACUUUGGUACAGAUAACAUAUUAUUUAUUUUUUAUUUAUUCAUUUUGAUAGAUAUGAGUUCCAAACCUUCUGAGAGUGUUCCCAAGGGUCACAAGGGCAAGCUAUCAAGUUCUCAGACUGCAGAGGAUGUUCCUAAUGUAUCACAUUUAAAUAUUAACUUUUUCCGGUGGGGGGAAGCAAAGCCUCCUAAAUUUCCGACAAAACUUUCAAAUUUCCGACAUACCCCCUGUAAUGUAUGCAGAUGCUGCAAAGCAUCUGGAAGUAAAUAUAUAUUGUCAGGAUAUUGUCUUGAUUACACAACAUGGCGUGUGUCCCAUAAACAUAACAUGGUGUCAGGAGAAAUCCACUAAAUAGAGCUUGAAAAGAUAGCCAUCCAAUAAAACAAAAGAUAGAAAUACAAGGAAUAAAAGUUCGACAACAAGUGUAAACCGAAAUGGAAGGGUUUCCAGCCUCAAAUAUGCCAAAAAUGAACUGGUCGAGCGGUGACUUGCCAGCAGCAUGGAAAUCGUUUCAACAACAUUGUGAAUUUGCUUUUGGUGGGCCAUUAAAAGGCAAAUCCGAAGAACAAAGAUGCAAUUAUCUGAUGAUAUGGGUUGGAGAGAAAGGCCGAGAUGCAUAUAAUACCUGGAAUUUAACAGGCGAAGAAUCGAAAAAGCUCACUACUUACUACGAAAGAUUCGAAGCGUAUGUAAAGCCCAAAUCAAAUAAUAUUUUUGCUCGUUACAAGUUUCAUAAUAUAGUACAGCAAGAAAAGGAGCCAUUCGAACAGUUCUUGACUAAACUUAAGAUCGAAGUUAAAGAUUGUGGAUACAAAGACCCAGACAAAAUGGUUCGAGAUCGAGUAGUAAUCAGUUGUUAUUCGCAAAAAGUACGAGAGAAAUUAAUACAAGAAGGAUCUGAACUAACCUUAGAAAAAGCAGUUGAUAUCGCUCGAACACAAGAAAUGUCAAACACCCAGCUUCAACGUAUGGCACCUGAAGAUAAAGAUGUACACAGCCUCAGAGACGAACGAGAGAGAAAAUUUCAAUAUAAACAUGACAAACGACGAAAAGGCCCAAACACCAGAGACAGUUAUACUUAUAAACAACACUGCAGCAAGUGUGGUAUAAAACAUGACCAAAAUAAAUGUCCAGCAGAAGGAAAGACAUGUGCAAAAUGCAAAAAGCUUAACCCUUUUGCAAGAAUGUGCAAAUCGAAGUUCAAAGUCAAGGAAAGAAAAAGGCAAGUACAUGGAGUUGAAGAAAAUGAGUCCGAAGAGAGUGACAGUGAACUAUAUGUUGGUUCUGUGGAAACUACAGAUGUCAUAAACAAGAAUGAAUGGUAUGAAGAUGUAGAAAUUGCGAAAAAAACUGUAAAUGUUCAGCUCGACACAGGUGCAAGGUGUAAUGUAAUUUCCAUCAAAGAUCUUCAACGUCUUGGAAUCAACACAAAUAUAAAGAAACCAGAAGCACAGCUCAAGUCAUACUCUGGUCAUUUCAUCACCACGAAAGGAGUAACUAUUUUACCAUGUGAGUACAAAAGAAAAACAUACCAAGUAAAGUUCCAUGUUGUUGAUAUUCCAGCACCACCAGUAUUCAGUGUCAAUACAUGCAAAGAAAUGGGUCUUGUAGAAAGAGUACAUGCAGUGGAGGCCUCGAAGUCACAAGAUCAUCACAAUGCAGAUCCCUUCUCGCCACCAAAAUUCAACCCAACCCAACAACAUGAACUGUUAAAAGGAUAUGAUGAGUUGUUUACAACCUCGUCCCCAGGGCCUUUUGAGGAAAGAUGCGAAGGGCAGCUAAGGCCCUGGUAAAGGCUGGUGAAAUAAUCCACAAAUUGUGGAUUAUUUUGUCACGUGAUAUAUCGGAGCAAAUACUAUACAGGGGGUGCGAUCGCGGAUCGCUUCAGCUACAAUAUAUUCGUCAAUAUUGCAUAAACACCGAAAUCGACAAAUAAAGAACAAAAAUCUAUUUUAAAAUGAAAAAAUCUGUUAACGUUCUUCCAAAAAUAUUGAAUAAAUUUGAAAUUGUCUUCAAAUUAGCUCUGAGAACCUUGGUUGAACUGUAAAGGAGAUCUAUUAAAAUAUACAAAGCAACAGUGCAAAACGAAUGGAUCGAUAGAAGUAUUUAUACUAUAUGAAUUACUGUCGCAAGGAAAUUGCUGCCUCGAUUGUGAAACAGAUAUGUAAAAUCACUUUAAUUUAAUAAUAUGGACUCUCAAUACACCAUAUCUGUGAUCAUCAAAACAUUUAAUAGUUAUUGUUGCUACAAUAGAUCUUUCUUGCAAAUGUCAAUAUCAUACAGUAUAUUUAACAGUUAAAGGGAGUACAAGGCCCAAAGAAUGUCUGAAAAACAUUAGGAAUGUCAACAUCGUAUGCACUUGGAAUUUAAAUGCUUAUGUUAGCCAUAUGCCCUGAGUAUAACCUGGUUGACCUCCAUGGUUAAUUAACAUUUCCUGAAUUUAACUGAGUUGAAAUAUUUUAUUUGAUUUUCAUUCUUAUCCCAAGAACAUUGUGAACACACAUAAUAGUGCUUUAAUUGGGUUUAGACUUCAAAGGCCAAGCAUCAAAACAAAUGUUGUGAUCUUAAUGAUCAGGCAUUCCCAAACAAUUACAUGCAUGAGGGUAAAAUCAGACAGAAAGCCUCCAUAUAUGCUUUAUCAAGGCUGAAUAAUAUGAGAUGGAAUUAAUCUCCUCAUUAUACUGUUAACAAGCUCUUGUUUUUGUUUGUAAUCAAUUACACAAAUUACUUCCCAGAACAUUAUUUAAGGAGAUUAUUUGACAAGUCAGCAGGUACAUUUUUUCCUGAGUCACAAUUGGGGCAAUUCAGUGUCACUCAUCACAACAGGCACUCAAAAUCACUCACAACAUACAACAGGCAGUUCAGCAUCACUCACCACAAUUGACUGUUCAAUACUGUGUGCCUCAGUAGGCAAAUCAAUAAUCAAUAUUUUGCUCAGAUCAACAACAAAUAUCAAAAUUGAACUCAUUCUCAAAACAUGAUACAAUAACAAGGGGUCUCUUAUGGACAAAUACAAGACACCUGGUGUCAAAUGUAUCAAGUGACAAGAUUAUUCAUCUCUUUUAAUUUAAAUACAUUUUGCCACCGUGUAAUAAAGUACUAUUUGUUGUUGGUGACCAUCAGUUGAGCAAUUUAAAACAUUCGCAGUGUAUGCUUUAUCAGACCUAAAGGUACUUGGCUUCACCUUGUAUCUUUAUACCUGAUAAAACUAUAGUACAUAAAAUAACUAUGAUAUUUAGCCUGCAUAAAUGUAUGAAGGAUAUUAUACAUAUAUUCUGUUGAUGAUCCGAUAAUCAUUUAACACGAAAUCCGAUAAUCAUUUAACUAUUGAGAAUUGUGUGAAUUCCUGAAUUACUUAUUGUUACAGACUGUACUGACCUCUUGCAAUUAUGGUUAAUAUUAACCAAAAUCUGACAAUGUCUCUAGUUAACCCAUUGAGCUGCAAUGUGCCCCAGUGUGCCCUACUUACUGAAAUUGACUGAUUUGUGGUUUAUGGGGUUUUUUGUGGCAAUUCUUUGGGCAUCACAAGUGCAUUUGUAUAUCUUAAUACCCUGUGAGAAUACAAGUAUUAGUAUUUAAAUGACACAAUAUGAUGUAAGUUACCUUUCAGGUAUAUAAUUUGUAUACAGCAUCAGUGGUGUAACUUAACUUUUUUGACCACUUGCCCUCAGGGCAAGUUGGACAUGAAAAUUGGUUGCCCUGAAUAAAAUCCACUUGCCAUCAGGCAAUGGGGUACAUAUGCGGGCCAGUAUAAAUUAGAGAGACAACAUAUCCACUCAUUGGACUGGUGGCAUUGGCUAUGUUACUGCCUCAGAUCUAGACUACAUCACAUCUAGCUUUGGCUCACAUAUUAAACAAAAUUUGAAUCAAGUACACUUAUUUAAUGUAACACUAAUCACCAUUAUUUUUUUUUAUUAGUUUUACAAUAAGAAAUUGAAGGCACAGACAACAGGACUAAUAAAGUCCCAAAAUAAGUCAUGCCAUAAAUUAAGUCCUGCCAUAUUUUGUUAUCAUAUCCUGAAUAAACAUUUAAUAACCAAAAAGAGAAUCAAUGCAUAAUAUAAUCAAACAAUUUAGAUGAAUUUGAUGCAGAUGAUUUGCCAGCUUGAACCAAUGUCGUCGAACAGCCUUUAUUCUAUCCGACAAUAAUAAUAUGAACUGAAAGCUGGGCAGCUUUUUGUGGCAAAGCAACUUGCCCGUUCGGGCAACCAAGAAGAAACUUUUACUUGCCCAUCGUGAUAUUCACUUGCCCCGGGCAAGUGUUAAGUUACACCUCUGAGCAUAGUAGUUGCCAUUUGGCAGCUGUUGGUCUGGUUGAAGUGCUCAGAUAAUUUGGGGAGACCCAUGGCAUGCUCUCUCAACAGUGAAGGUUCAAAAACACACAUGCCGGAAUGCUUAUAGAAUACCUCGCCAUUUUCCGCAUUCAUUGACACAUAAAUAAGUACAAGAAUCACUUCAAAAUAGUUUAAGGGUAAAGUUUAGAGAUUAAAUCAUGAGUAUGGUAGUUUGGUUCAAAUUUGAAGAAUGAGGCAAUCAUAUUAGAUCAAUUUUGAGUAAAUUGACAAUGUUUACAAGGAAUUAAUAGCGGUACGGUGUGAAAGUUGUGGGUAUUCUAUAGUUGUAUCAAAAAAGUGAAAAACCAAGUUAAAAGCCCCAAGAAUACCUGAUUGCCACAAUGUCAUAGAGCAUAGUUGCUGACUAAGAAACAUCUAUUAGACCAUGUACAGUACUUGAGUCUUGUGGUAAUAUCAGUGAUAUUGCUUUUGUAUUAUACGAUAUACUGUAAACUUGCUGUUAACAUAUUAUAUUAUUAAUAUUCAUGGUUGUCAAAUAUCAUAAAAUCAACACACAAAAUUCACACACAAAGGUUGAAAAUAGUGUAUAUUGGUAUAAAUUAACAUUUAAUAAAAAUGCAUACAUACGUAACCCAUGGUCGGCAUGGAAUUUUGUCACUUGGCACAGUACUUUAAUGUUUUUUAAUGUUUGUCCCACAUUAAAAUAUAUUGAGUCAAUGACAGUGCAACUGUUCAUAUUAAAACGUUCUAAUCACAUCUUACAUGCACAUUUGUAUUCAGUAGUAAUCUUUUCAUAAAGGUACAUCAAAGUCCCAAAUCAAAUUCUUCACUGACAGUAGUGACAGUAUGUUAUUGACUCCCAAACGACAAAUAUUAUAAAACACGCUUCCAAGCUGAAAAGAAAUAUUUACUGUUGUCAGUCAGUGUUUAGACAAUUAGACGCUUCUCUUUGAAUCUUGAUCUUCCACAAGUAUUGCUGUUGAUUAUAUUCCAUAUCUUUUUGAAGAACAUCGCAGACUAUAUAUUUAUUUCCACUGUCAGUUGAAAAGUUUAUCAUCAUAGUUUCAGUCGCAAAAGCUUCUAUCGCCCCUUUGCACGGCCAUGUUUGAUAAAAUCAAAGCGGCCCGCACCCCCGGUUUGAAAAGCUAAAUAUUCUGAAAUAUUCAAAAUUUGAAGCAUCACGUGACCAGCCUUUACCAGGGCCUUUGCUGCUUCGCCUCCUUCCUCAAUAGGCCCUGGGGACGAUGUUGAGUUGUUUACUGGUCUUGGAUGUUUGCCUGGUGAACAUACCAUUGAAAUUGAUCGUUCAUAUACCCCUGUUGUCCACCCACCAAGGAGAGUCCCGUUAGCCCUGAAAGAGCAGAUCAAAGAAGAAUUACAGAGGAUGAAAGAUGCUGGUGUUAUCGUCAAACAAACAGAACCCACAGAUUGGGUCAACAGCAUGGUUACAGUAAUAAAACCCGAGAAAAUCCGAGUGUGUAUUGAUCCAAGAGAUCUUAAUCGAGCAAUAAAAAGAGAACAUUAUCCAAUGAAAACGAUUGAAGAAGUUGUAGCUGGAAUGCCAGAAGCAAAAGUGUUCUCCGUGUUAGACGCCACCUCGGGAUAUUGGCAAAUGAAAUUGAAUGAAGAGAGUUCGAAACUAUGCACUUUCAACACACCGUUUGGGAGAUACCGCUUCACACGACUACCAUUCGGAAUUAAAUCGGCCGCAGAGGUUUUCCAAAAGAAAAUGUCACAGGUGUUGGAAGACAUUGAUGGUGCUGAAGCAAUAGUAGAUGACAUCCUGGUGUGGGGAAAAUAUAUUCAGGAGCAUGAUGCAAGAUUGAAGAAAGUCCUCGACCGAGUCCAAGAAGUCAACCUAAAGCUGAACCAGAGGAAGUGCCAAAUCAGAAAAGAAGAAAUUGCAUAUGUUGGUCAUCUUCUAACCAAGGACGGUCUUAAGCCAGAUCCCGAGAAAGUAAGAGCUGUACAAGCCAUGACCAAACCAUCCAACACGAAAGAGUUAAAAACAUUUCUUGGGUUUAUCCAAUAUCUCGCAAAGUUUUUACCCAAUAUGGCCGAACUCAGUGCACCACUUCGAACGUUGUUGGAAAAGAACACAGCAUGGCAUUUGGGAAAAGCAACAAGAAGAUGGCUUUCAACAACUCAAGAGAAUGGCAACCAGUGCCCCAGUGCUAAGUUAUUAUGAUCCCAAGAAGCCUGUUACCUUAUCUGUAAAUGCCAGUUCGAAAGGACGUGGAGCAGUGCUGUAUCAAGAAGAAAAACCAGUUGUAUAUGCCUCCAGAGCGUUAACACCAACACAGCAAAAAUAUGCACAAAUCGAGAAAGAGACUUUGGCUAUUGUAUUUGGUACAACCAAGUUUCACCAGUUCCUGUUUGGAAAAGAAGUACUUGUCACAUCAGACCACAAACCACUGGAAUAUAUAUUCAAUAAGCCUCUGCACCAAGCGCCACUUCGUCUACAGAAGAUGCUGUUAACCCUGCAAAGAUAUGAGUUAAGAAUUGUCUACAAGCCUGGCAAAGAGUUGUUCAUUGCUGAUGCCCUAAGCAGCAAUUACCUAGAAGAAACGAAAGAAACACUGGUGCAAGAACUCGAAGUAAACAAAGUCCACCUUACAGCCCACUUACCAAUAUCACCUGAAAAGUACCAAGAAUUCCAGAAAGCCACUGCUGAUGAUGUUGUAAUGCAAGCAGUUCAAGAUGCAGUUCUCGAGGGAUGGCCAAAGAACAAAGCUAAUGCACAAGCAGAGAUCAAACCGUAUUGGACAUGUAAAGAUGAAAUUUCCUGCGUUGAUGGCCUCCUCUUCAAGGGAAACAAAUUAAUUGUUCCGAAGUCCCUUCGACCACAGAUGCUAGACAUCAUACAUGAAUCACAUCAAGGGAUCGUGAAAUGCAAACAACGUGCAAGAGACCUCCUCUACUGGCCGGGAAUGACAAGCCAAAUCGAGGAUAAAGUGUCCAAGUGUCAAGUUUGUUGUCAAUACCAGAAAGCCCAAGCGAGAGAGCUCAUAAUAACGAGCAAGAUUCCUGACCGCCCCUGGGCGAAAAUUGGUGUGGAUCUAUUUGAACAUAACAAGACACAUUACCUAUUAAGUGUUGACUACCACUCCAAGUGGAUUAAAAUUGCCAAACUGCAUGGAUAACCAAAGCAGCAAGAACACCAUCACUUACCUCCAAAGUCAGUUUUCCAGAUAUGGUAUACCAGAUCAGUUAGUAAGUGAUAAUGGUCCCCAAUUCAUUAGCGCAGAAUUCGCAGAGUUUUCUAAGAAAUAUGGGUUCACUCACAUCACAUCAAGUCCUCAUUACCCACAAGCAAACGGCGAGGCAGAGAGAGCCGUGCAGACCGUGAAGGGUCUUCUCACCAAAGAUCCAUACAAGGCAUUGAUGAACCAUCGAAACACGCCACUGAAAGAAAUAAACCAGUCUCCAGCACAACUAAUGAUGGGUCGCAGACUUAAAACCAGUAUCCCAACAGCAGCCCCACUUCUGAAAUCUCGAGCAUCCGACGAAGUUCAGCGAAUUUUGAAGAAACAGAAGGAAUACUAUGACAAGCACACAGGAAAAGAAUUACCACCACUUCAACCAGGAGAGACCAAUGGAUUAAAGCCAAAGUUCUACACAAGCACCAGUCACCAAGAUCAUAUGUCAUUGAAAGUGAACAAAGACAAAAGUAUCGAAGAAACCGCCGUCAUCUGCGUUCCAGUAAACUAUCAGAGAAAGAACAGAGGAGUGAUGUUAAACAUGCAGGCACCAAAGAGCCGAGGGCGAGCAGUGACAAAGCAAGAGCGACAGCAAAGAAUUCAGUUGGACAGUCCAGCCAGGGUAUCAUAG